CAACAAAUAAUGGAUUCCUCAGACAAACCCCAACCUUCCAAUAUUUCAAACAUUCAACUCCCCCCACUCUCCGAUUCAAGCUACGAAAACACUUUUGAAACACCAGCACAUUUUGCUUCAGAAAAUUUUGCUAGCGCCCAUCAGAAUAAUCAAACAAGUAAUGCACCUAUCAGAACAGUGCCAACUUCUCAGAUGAGCGAGGAAAUUAUAGAAUCUAGAGAAGAAGCUCAUUGGAGCACAAAAAUGGAAUUUGCUUCAGAAUCGAAUAAAGCAACAAUUAAAGAAGCUGGAAAUCCUUUCACACAAGAAGAAAUACAAGCUUCUCAAUCACAAUAUAUAACUGAUUCGUCCAAUUUAUUUUAUAGUAAUGGGAUGGGACAACAAGAAUAUCAACAACAAAGUUAUACUGAGAGUGGCUACUAUUAUGGAAAUGAGACGGCUAAUACUGCAGCUACUGUAGAAGGCUAUGCUUCAAAUUACCAAGAUUAUUCUUAUGCUCCCUCAACUUAUGAAACAGCCGGUUAUUAUUCUACAGACUACGGAGCUAAUAAUCCUUAUGGAGCAGUUCCUCCCACAUCAGUAGAUAUUUAUCAAUACGAUUAUAAUUAUGAUGCGCAAUAUGCUGUAUCAGAUCAACCAAUAGAACAACAAAUACCUGUAGCAGCACCAUAUUCUGGCCUAAAUCCGUUUAGUGAGGAUGGAAAUGCUGUGCCCUACCAAUCCGAUCUCCCACCUCAAACAAAUGAAACGCCGGUUGAUGUUUCAGUUUAUGGGUCACCUCCUCGUGCUCCUCCUCUCCCGCCUCCCCCUGCUAUUGCUGCAGGACUUGGCCUUCCAGGAUUGACUCAAAAGACCAGGACGCAUGAUCCAUUCUCUUGGGAAGCACAAGAAAGUGAAAUUGAGCAGCAUGGAGGAGCUCCUUUGCCUCCGAGGUAG